GUAGCUCAGGGCCUACAAUUCAGAAAACGCAAUGCAUUAAAGAGUUAUGAAUUGUAGGAUCAAAGCAGAGUCUACUUCCACUGCAGAUCCGAGGUCAGGUCCAGCUUCAGGGUGAUCACACUCGUCGUGAAAGUGGAUAGAGAUCUGCUGUGAAGCCGGUGGAGAUUUAUGAGCGUCAUGACGAUCGCCAUGCAGGCACUCUGUUUGUGUCUUGUGCUGGUAUUAGUUUUUCAGCCAGCUUUGGCCUAUCGUAGGAUUGAAGACGAUCGCCCUCCAGUACCCGACUCCAAAGGGGGGAUUGCGAAAGGGCCCAGCAGCAGCGUCGACUCGUACCUGGUGCCCAUCACCGUCGACAAUGGAAUCUACUUGAAGGCUGUAAUCACCGUCGGAGACUCUGCAGACAACGGAUAUAAGCUGGUUGGGGUUCCCGAUGGUCUUGGAGCCUACGACAACGGCGAUGGCUCCUUCACACUGCUGAUGAACCACGAGAUUCAGAGUGGCAAUGGUGCAGUUCGCGCUCAUGGAGGCAGUGGUGCAUUCGUCUCCAAAUGGACCAUCCGGAAGAAGGAUUUCAGAGUCACCCACGGAGAAGACUUGAUCAGGAAGGUUUCCACAUGGAACCGAGACACCAAAGCCUACAACAACCCCGAAACGAGUCCUGCUGUAAACAUGAGCAGAUUCUGCAGUGCUAACUUGGCUGAUCCUUCAGCCUUCUAUAACAAGAAGACCGGCAAGGGUACCAAGGAUCGCAUUUUCAUGAACGGUGAAGAGACAGAUGUUGAUGGCCGAGCUUUCGCCCACAUUGCCACCGGGGAUUAUGCUGGACACACCUUUGAACUUCCAUACCUGGGUCAAGGAAGCUUUGAGAACCAAGUGGCACAUCCUUCCUCGGGGGACAAAACUGUGGUGAUUGGUCUGGAUGAUGGUGGUCACAACCGUGUAUUCGUGUACGUUGGUGAAAAGAAGUACGUGGGCAAUCCUAUUGAGCGAGCAGGACUUACGAACGGAAAGCUGUAUGUGAUCGCUGCGGAAGGGAUUGCUGAUGAAAUUGUUGACGGUGGCAACUUGAAGGCCCACGACAAGCGACGAUUCAAGUGUCAGUUGGUAGGAAAUGGUGAUAUGUCGGGCCGGUUUGGAACUGGAACUGAGGUAGAGAAGUUGUAUCUUCCCUUCAACAACACAAAGGCCGCUCCAAUCCCCAACACCAAGUUUGAUCGUCCAGAAGAUGGUUCCUGGGAUCCAUCUAACCGCAAAGACUUCUACUUCGCCACUACAUCGACAUUCAACGUCACAGGCCGUCAUUCCCGACUCUGGAGACUGAGAUUUGACGAUCCUACUCUGCGUUCCUCUCUGGAAGGCACAAUCGAGGUGAUGGUCAAUGGACCAGAUGGUAACGACCGCAGUGGGCCCAAAAUGAUGGACAACAUCGGCAUCACCAAGAGGGGAGAGAUCAUCAUCAAGGAGGACCUUGGAAAAAAUGUUUUCUUAUCUCGUGUUUGGCGCUACAACUUGAGAACAGACAAAUUGGACAUUAUCUCCCAACACAACCCGGCCCUCUUCAGCGGUCCUGUCCCUGUUAAGACCACCGAUGAAGAAUCGUCAGGAGUCAUCAGCAUGGAUGAUUUGUUGGGCCUCGGUUGGUAUCUGGGAGAUGUGCAGGCACACAGGACUCUUCCCAACCCCUUGGUUGAGGAUGGUCAACUGUAUGCCAUGUACGUGCCGCCAUACUCACAGAAAUAGGAUUUCACGUCAUCCAUCAGCUCUUUCAAUUUUAUCACAGAAGUCCCAUCCUCCGGGAUCAAAGAGGUAGUCAUAACAGUGGUUUGCGAUAUUUUCUUUGUAGAAACGCGAAAUCCAGGAUUGGGAAUUGUUUUGCCAACAAAUUUGUUCUCCUUCAAAACAGAGGAAUUUGUAUGCAUGUUAGUAUCUUCAGCGGAUCUUAGGGUCCUGUAUUUGGGGUCAUUUGUACUCUGACAACGUGACACACGAGUAAAAAUAAAAAUAAAGACUCUGGAUGAAUUACAUCCAUUAAUGUC